UCUCUAAAACUUGAUAUAUAUACACCUUCUCAUGCACAUUCAUUUCAACACCACAAACACAUACAAACAUAUAUAAAAGGAAAGAGGAGGAUUAAAUGGCGAGCAAGAAGGUGACUAUGGCUAUGAUAGUGAUGAUCGUGGUGGUGAUGGCUAUGUUAGUCGAUAAGUCAGUUGCGAUUGACCUCUGUGGUAUGACCCAAGAUGAGUUGAAUGAGUGCAAACCAGCGGUUAGCAAGGAGAAUCCAAGGAGCCCAACAGAGCCUUGCUGUACCGCUCUGCAACACGCUGAUUUCACCUGUCUUUGUGGCUACAAAAACUCUCCAUGGCUCGGUUCUUUCGGUGUUGAUCCCGAGCUCGCUUCUGGUCUCCCCAAACAGUGUGGCCUAGCCAACGCCCCAACCUGUUAAAUAAGCUUUGUGUGUGUAUUUCUCCUAUUCUAAAUAUCGGAUGUUAUUUCUCCUUUUUAUAAACCGUAUUUUAAGCC